GCCCGCCUACCUGCUCAAGGGUCCGCCCUGCUCUACCCCACCCAGCCGGCCCCAGCGCUCCCUGGGGAAGCAGCCCUCUCGCCUGGCAGCUGGACCACGGGAGCCUGCCCUAGGCACCAGCGGGCCGGUCCUCACCAUGAUCCCCACCUGGCUGUCACUGCUUUGUCUCUUCAUAGCCCAGGUGUUCCCCGAGGCCCAGCCUGCAGACCUGUAUGUGGAAGUCCCAGAAAACUAUGGUGGAAAUUUCCCUUUGUACCUGACCAAGCUGCCACUGCCCCCUGAGGAGACUGAGGGUGAGAUCGUGCUGUCAGGGAACCCAGGCGUGGCCGCCGAGGGCCCCUUCGCUGUGGAUCCAGAGUCCGGCUUCUUGCUGGUGACCAGGGCCCUGGACCGAGAGGAGCAAGCGGAGUACCGGCUUCAGGUCACCCUGGAGACUGAGGUUGGACACGUCCUGUGGGGCGCACAGCCUGUGCUUGUGCGUGUGAAGGAUGAGAACGACCAGGUGCCCCACUUCUCUCAGUCCAUCUACACCUUUCAGCUGAGCCAGGGCACCAGGCCCGGCAUCCCCUUCCUCUUCCUUGAGGCUUCGGACGAGGAUGAGCCAGGUACAGCCAACUCAGAUCUCCGAUUCUACAUCCUGAACCAGGCCCCAGCCUGGCCUUCCCCAGACAUGUUCCAGCUGGAGCCUCGGCUGGGGGCUCUGGCCCUCAGCCCUGAGGGAAGCACCAGCCUAGACCGGGCUGCAGGAGGGCCCUACCAGCUGUUGGUGCAGGUCAAGGACAUGGGUGACCAGGCUUCGGGCCACCAGGCCACAGCCACUGUACAUGUCUCCAUAGUAGAAAACACGUGGGUGCCCCUAGAUCCUGUCCACCUGGCAGAGAAUCUCAAAGUUCCAUACCCACACCACUUCGCCCAGGUCCACUGGAGUGGGGGAGAUGUACAUUAUCACCUGGAAAGCCCCCCUGGACCCUUUGAUGUGGAUGCCGAGGGGAAACUCUACGUGACCGAGGAGCUGGACCGAGAAGCCCAGGCUGAGUUCCUGCUCCAGGUGCAGGCUCGGAAUGCCCGUGCUGAGGACUACACAGAACCUCUGGAGCUGCGUGUGGUAGUGACAGAUGAGAACGACAAUGCGCCUGUCUGCCCGCUGUGGGACUCCCCGAUCAGCGUUCCUGAGCUCAGCCCCCCAGGCACUGAGGUGACUAGGCUGUUGGCAGAGGACAUGGAUGCCCCCGGUUCCCCCAAUUCCCACAUUGUGUAUCAGCUGCUGAGCCCUGAGCCUGAGGAGGAAGCAGAGGGAAGAGCCUUCGAGCUGGACUUCACCUUGGGCAGCGUGACCCUGAGGGAUGCCCCCCUCCGAGCUGGCCAGAACAUCCUGCUUCGGGUGAUGGCUGCUGACCGAGGAGGAGCCGAGGGCAGCCUCAGCAGCACAUGUGAGGUGGCUGUCACAAUCACAGAUAUCAAUGACCAUGCCCCCGAGUUCGCCACAUCCCAGAUUGAGCCUGUAAGCCUCCCUGAGGAUGCAGAGCCAGGGACUCUGGUGGCCACGCUCAUGGCCACCGAUGCCGAUCUUGAGCCUGCCUUCCGCCUCAUGGACUUUGCCAUUGAGGCGGGGGAUGUAGAGGGAACCUUCGGCCUGGAUUGGGAGCCAAACUCCAGUCACGUCCAACUCCGACUCCUCAAGAACCUCAGCUACGAGGCAGCUUCAAGCUACGAGUUGGUGGUGGUGGUUCGAAAUGUGGCUGAAUUGGUGGGGCCAGGCUCAGGCCCCGGAGCCACAGCCACAGUGACUGUGCUGGUGGAAAGGCUGGUGCUACCCCCCAAGUUGGACCAGGAGAGCUACGAGGCCAGUGUCCCAGUCAACACCCCAGCUGGCUCCCUCCUGCUGACCAUCCAACCCUCAGACCCCAUAAGCAGUCCCGUCAGGUUCUCCUUGGUCAAUGACUCCGAGGGCUGGCUCUGCAUCAAGGAGGUCUCGGGGGAGGUGCACACAGCCCGGCCCCUGCAAGGGGCCCAGCCUGGCGACAUGUACACAGUGCUCGUGGAGGCCCAGUAUGAAGAUGAGCCAACGUUGAGCACCUCUGCAAGCCUCGUGAUCCGCUUUCUGAAGGCCCCUUCUGCCCGGGCCCCAGCUCUGAACCCCGUACCCACCCGCCACCUCUGCACACCCCGCCAGGACCACGGCGUGGUUAUCAGCGGACCCAGCGAGGACCCUGACCUGGCUGAUGGGCAUGGUCCCUACAGCUUUGCCCUUGGUCCCAACCCUACGGUGCAGCGGGACUGGCACCUCCAGGCUCUCAACGACUCCCACGCCUACCUCACCCUGGCCCUGCACUGGGUGGAGCCACGUGAACAUGUAGUGCCAGUAGUUGUCAGCCACAAUGCCCGGAUGUGGCAGCUCCAGCUCCGAGUGGUAGUGUGUCGCUGCAACGUGGAGGGGCAGUGCAUGCGUAAGGUGGGCCGCAUGAAGGGCAUGCCCACGAAGCUGUCUGCAGUGGGCAUCCUCGUGGGCACCUUGAUGGCGAUAGGCAUCUUCCUCAUCCUCAUCUUCACUCAUUUGACCCUGGCAAGGAAGAAGGACCUAGAUCAGCCAGUGGACAGCGUGCCCCUGAAGGCUGCAGUGUGAAUGGUCCAGGCAGCCCCAGCGGAGAGCUUGGCCUCUACCUCCAUCGGAGUCCACUGGGGGAGGGCCCAGCACUGCCCAUCAAUGGGGCGGGGGGCGGCUAGGACAGAUAGAGCCCCUUUACCUGCCCGGGGGUGGAGGCAAUGUCACCAGACAAAUCUGUAGAGCCUGAACACUGACUUUAUGGGCUGCCCAUGGGAAUCCUCCAAAUGGUGACACAUUUGUCCAAUAAUAAAGCCUCAGAGAGCAGGGCAUGGGCUACACCUGUAUCUCGGUGUCUU